GAGAGUGAAAUGAUCAGGGGUGUUCCUCUUGCUUCUGAAAAGAAAGAGGAAGCUGUAGCAUGUAAUCAAACACUCCAGCCUUUGGGGAAAAACCCUCCUGAAGAGUUAAAAACUCCAAAGAUAGAUGGACAUUCAAAUCAUUUGGUGGCAAAAGGAUGUGCAGAUUUGAAAGAUUCAUUGGUUAAAGGAAAACCUGCUUCUUGUGCUGCAAUGGAUUCUGAUGACGUGCCUACAACCAGUGGUCAACAGGGAACUGUUUCAGGAGACAAAGCCACAAGGAAUAUGAACAGCAUUCAGAAAUUGACAGUUCAUGAGAAUGAUGCGAAGGCCUUGGUAACAACUAUUACUUCUCCUGAAGGGAAAGCAAAAACUGGACCUGGAAGUGGAAGUGGUUUUUUGGGUCCGGACAAGGGUAUAAAAUCUGUUAAAGAUACUGGAGCUUUGGAAGAUAGACCUUCUAAGAAAACCAGGGUUGAUAGUUCUAUUAAAUUAAGUGAGAACAAGAACAAUAAUGGUGUUCGGAAGGCAAGCAUCAAUUCUGAUGGGAAUAAUGCAAAGGACUUGGCAGCAACUCUUCCUUCUGCAGGAAAAACAUAAUCUAAAGUUGCUUCUCUUGGGCGGGACAAGGACCUUCGGCAGAAGACUGAUGAGAAGAUGACAAAACUUACAAAAUCUAAAGUUUCUUCUUUUGGGCCUGACAAGGACCUUUGGCAGAAGACUGAUGAGAAGAUGGCGAAGCUUUCCAAUGGCAAGCUGCUUAAAGUAUCUGCCAGGGAGACUCCUGGUGACAGGAAAACUGAAGGUGAAGUCACCCGAAGACCUGGUGAUGAAAGUUGUAUUACAAUUUUCUUUUGGAAUAUUUUGUAAUAUUUGAUAUCAUAACAUUGAAUUAGAUUAAUGUAAUCAUUUAUUGUUAAAAUCUUAUAUCUUAGACUUAGACAAA